CGCCAUAUUACUUUAUGUGUUGAUUGUUGAUAUUGAGGAUUGUACCAAUGCUAAAUUCAUCAUUUAUGAUUUUGAACUCAUCAUCAUGUGACUAUAGGUGUUGAUAUUUCAAGAUUGUGAUUUAUAUUCAUUUAUUUAAUUUUUUCUUUCAUGUAAUUUUGUGCUUCACUUAUGACCGAGUGACGAGUGUCUUCUCGCUCCCGACAACAGACAAGUGUGUGGGGAUUGACCGUUGAUACCGGUGUUAGAGGCCAUCGUUCCUGUGUUGGUGUGUUGGAAGUCCCUGUAGCAGCUACCUUUCUACGCAUCGGCCUGGAGUGAGGCGUUUUCUCUCCGACCUUGGAUACUGCUCAGAUAGGUUUUCUCUUUCUUUGCCAUACGACACACUCAUAGGUUGUAGUUUACAUCUUAUGUCUGUAUAUUAUAGUAUAUCAUAGUAAUAAUAAUAAUAGUAUUAGUUGAUUUAGCUUAACACAGUAAGGCACUUAGACCAUGGAAACCAGGUUAACGGUAACGUCACAAUUUAUUAGUGAUGGCCGUGCUAUGGGGUACGAAGGGGAAAGGCUAGAGAAAUAUGUGAAGGAACGGAAAGCUGAAUAUGAUAGAGAUAAGGAAGUCGCGAAGGCAGAGGAAGAGGCUAGGUUUGAGCGGCAGGAGAAGUUGAAGAAAGAGGCGAAGGCAGAAGAAGAGGCUAGAAAGAAAGAGGCGAAGGCAGAAGAAGAGGCUAGGAAGAAAGAGGAAGAAGAGAGAUUUGAACGCGACGAGAAGGCCAAACGCGAGGAGCACGAAAGAUGGAAGGAAAGAGAUGCCAAGGAGUCAAUCAAGAGGAAAGAGGAGUUGGAACUGGCUAGGCUUAAAGAAAAGUCUGCGCCAGAGGCAGGCGGGGCGGCAGGACAGUCAGGGGAUGUGCGAUACAAGAAUGUCUUAGACAGGCUUGACAAGAGUUUUCAGGGAAUGAAAGAUGACGACGACCUCCUAGCUUACCUAACACACUUUGAGGCCGUUGCAGCAAGGUGCAAAAUAGAGAGAAAAGAGUGGUCCUUGCUGUUGUCAUAUAAACUGACCACCGCACUCAGAAACUUCAUGCUAAGGGACAGUCUGUUCCUUAGCGAGAACUAUGAAGAAGUCAAGACUGCACUUCUUCGCCAUGCAGAUAUCAACGCGGAAACCUGCCGCAAAAGAUUCCAUCUCGUGAGACCAAGUCAAAACGACUUUAGGAGAUAUGUAACAGAAUUGAAAACGGCCUUAGACAAUUGGUGCAAGAUGGCCGAAGUCGGUAAAACAGUGGAGGAGUUAAAAGAUCUGUUGAUCAAAGAUAGGAUCUUAGAAAGCGUAUCGAGUCGUGUAUACAGGCAACUGGUUUGGAGCAAGCACAGAACAGUAGAGAACAUGCUGGAAGUUAUAGAAGGCUUUAAGGUUGCUGGGUCAGAUGAGCCGAUUUGUAAGGAAGAGAGUGUAUAUGUGGCGGCAGCAUGUUGUGAACCUGUGGGUAAAAGAAAGGUAAUUGUGUGUUUCAGUUGUGGUGAAAAGGGGCAUAAUUCAACCGAGUGCCGUAAAGGUGUUUCCCCGUCUAACGAGAUUGAUGUUGAAGAUGUGAACUCUAAUGAUAUUGUCAGCGAUCAAGAUCAAAGGUCAAGACAUAGAUGACUAGCGGAUCGUCGCGAUUCGGAUGGUCGCCGUGGGUAUAAGUUAGUGCCGGAUCGCUACACAGUAACUGUUCAAAAUUUGCCAUUCAAUGUUAACUGGCAGAAGUUAAAAGAUAGAUUUAGAGAUGUUGGUUUAGUGGGAUUUGUGGAGGUUUUAAUGGCAAACGGGAAGUCGAUGGGCGUAGGUCAUGUAAAGUUAAGGAACCUGGCCGAUGUUGCGAGAGCAGUUAAAUAUUUAGACAAGUCCAAACUUGGAGGUAGAACUAUUGUAGUUGUCCCACAUCGUAUAAGUGCGCGGGGGUAACGAUAUGAUAACUUUGAUUCUCUGUUUUAUAUAUAUAUAUAUAUUUAUAUAUAUAUUUGCUUUGUUGGUCAAACGUUCCAAUAUUUAGACCUAUGGAAGUAAACUGGAACUGCAAGUGUGCGUUGGCAUUGAAUAGGCUGCAGACUUGUCUGAGUAAGUAUCCUAUUCUUCGUUUACCUGAUACUUCUCUAACUUUUUUUUUCUUCAGACAGAUGCUUUAGAUAAAGGAAUUUCUGGCAUUCUAUGUCAGUGUAUCAAAGGCAUGUUACAUCCCAUAAAGUACGUAAGCCGUAAAUUGUUGCCUCGGGAGCAGAAGUACUCUAUUAUUGAACGGGAAGGAUUAGCCAUAGUAUAUUCUGUAAAGAAACUGGACAGGUACUUAGCAGGUAAAAGAUAUCCCCUGCUGACUGAUCACAAGGCCUUAUCGUAUCUCAGGAGCACAAACUUUACCAUUGCACGUAUCACAAGAUGGGCAUUGAUGCUACAAGACUACUCCUUUGACGUUGCCCACGUAAAGGGAGAGAACAAUCUGCUGGCUGAUCUUUAUUUAAGAUUGAUAUAGACUUCCAUCCGCCAUUUAUAUUAUGUCUCUAUGUGUUAUAACAUUUGAACUUGUGUUUUAUAUUAUGCAAAUGCUACUAAUUUCAAGAAUAUAAUGUGUAUUUAUUUACCAUGAAUAUAAUUUGGUAUAUUAUAUUAAUGUUGUAUUUGUAAAUAUGAUUUUGUAAUAUAACUUGGUUCUUGGCCCAAGUUGAUAUGGGUCACCUUUAAAGUCAAGGUAACCAACUUUUCUUUGUUAUUGGAUCCUUAUCUUGACGUGUAUUGUGUCUCCUUGGUUCAUUAAUUGGUGACUCCCCAUCAUUUUUUUCUUCCAUUAUUACAUUUUGAAAUGUGACAUAGAUGCACUUAUGAUCUUUUUGUUCUUCCUUGUUCUUUCUACAAAGUUUUGUCUUCGAAAGGAUUUUUGAUUACUGGAAUUUCUUUCAAAAUUUCCAGUUCGUCGAGGAGGGGGGAUGUCGCGUAGUAUAGACAAGUGUCUAUUUCUUUCUCCUAACUCUGUUUUUUUUUUAUUUCCUCUACUGGUAGUACGUGUACGGGGCGAGUGUGUCUUGUAUUUUUUUUUGUUUUGAAUUGUUUUGCUACGUCACAAAGUCCGGUGACAUCUAUGGGUCAUUCUUUGUCAUGAGGCAGUUCACCCUCUGAGUUUGGUUGUAACGGACGGUGUGUUGGCCCGUAAAACGUUAUUUGUCUGUACCAUUUUCUCGGACUUAUUAUUCAGUUGGAUUUUUGGGACCCCUGUUUAGGGUGAGUUAUUCGUUUGUGAUAUCUAUUAUUGUAUGCUGUAUGAGGUUGUCACUAUUUCUAUUUUUAGUGUAGAAGUUGAGAGUAGUGUGUUUAUUUCGUUUAUAGGGUGCCAGUGUUGGAGUUGUGGGCGUCGCUUGCCGUCUCAGAAAUACAUAUUGCAGUUUUUUUCAUUGUCAUUGUCAAACUUUACUAUUACCGAGGGUGGCAGUGUUGUGACGCCAGUCGGUCAGAGUCUGGUGGACCAUAAAGCCAGGGUGACAAGUUAAUAGCCGUAGCAAAGGUGCUUAAAUUAAUUAUUGUAUAAUAUCUUUAUAUAUACCUAUUAUAUAUAUAUAUAUAUAUAUAUAUAUAUAUAUAUAUAUAUAUAUAUAUAUAUAUAUAUAUAUCUAAUAUAUAUACUGUCUAUUUGUCAUCCUCAUUGUACAUACACAUAUAUGUUUCAUACAAUUAAAUUCAUUUAUUUUUGUGUUAUUUAAACUAUUCACCUAGUUGUUUACUGUAUGUACGUCUGUGUGUGAGUGAUGUUCUUGUCAGGUUGAACCCCGGGACCUUA